CAUUCACUGCCUAUGAUGACUUGGUGAGUUUUUGCCACAUAUAAAAAACCGUUUUGUGGCAUUUGUUUUGCAUGAACCUUGGAGUUUGUCACUUUAAUUUAAGUCAGAAUGGAGAUGAAAAAUCUUGUUGCAUCAGUUGUAAUAUGGAUAUGGUAUAUAACCUGUGGUUUCGGCUUCAAUGUAUAUGCUGAUGAUAUGGUUAGGAUUGAGCUAAAAAGGCGACCCUUGGACCUUUCUAGUAUAAGGGAUGCAACAAUGUACGCUAAAGAUCUCAAUAGAAAAUUGGGUAAUUCUGAUCUGAAUGACCAGAUAAUUUACCUAAAAAGUUAUCGUGAUGUCCACUACUUUGCGGAGAUUGGUAUUGGUUCACCGCCCCAACGAUUCAUUGUUGUGUUUGAUACUGCAAGUUCCUAUCUUUGGGUCCCUUCUUCAAGAUGCUUUUUCUCGAUUGCAUGUUAUCUUCGUCCCAGGUACAAAUCAAGACUAUCAAAUACGUAUACAAAAAUUGGAAAGUCUUGCAAAAUCCCUUUUGGCACUGGUUCAGUGCAUGGAUUCUUCAGCCAAGACAAUUUGAAAGUUGGAGAUGCUAUCUUAAAGCAGCAGGUUUUCACUGAGGUAACACGGGAGGGAUACUUCACAUUCUUGCGUGCACGAUUUGAUGGAGUACUAGGGCUUGGAUUUCAGGACACGGCUUCAAGGAAUGUCACACCAGUAUGGUAUAACAUGUUGCUUCAGCAUAUGGUUACCAAGUCAAUCUUCUCAUUCUGGCUAAAUCGAGAUCCUACGUCUAGGAUAGCGGGUGAAAUUCUCUUUGGAGGCAUGGAUUGGACUCACUUCAGGGGUCAGCAUACAUACGUACCAGUUGCUCAAAAUGGUUAUUGGGAGAUUGAGAUAGGGGAUCUUUUUAUAGGAAACAAUUCAACAGGUCUUUGUAAGGAUGGAUGUCAAGCUAUUGUGGAUACUGGAACAUCUUUUAUUGCUGGUCCAACUACUAUUUUAACUCAAAUAAAUCAUGCCAUCGGAGCUGAAGGAAUUGUUAGUUUGGAAUGCAAAAAAGUUGUCUCAAAUUAUGGGGAUUCGAUCUGGGAACGCUUGAUAUCAGGGAUACAACCGGAGAAGAUUUGCAACAGAAUUGGACUCUGUACAAAUAAUGGAUCUUUAGGUGGAAGUCAUGAACACCGAAUGGGAAUUCGAGGUGGUUUAUGUUCUUCUUGUGAGAUGAUAGUGUUCUGGAUACAAGUAGAGAUUAGAAAAGAGAGAUCAAAAGAAAAAGCUUUUCAAUAUGCCAAUCAGCUGUGUGAGACGCUUCCGAAUCCUGGGGGAAAGUCAUUUAUCAACUGUGAUGUCUUUGCCCUGCCACAUAUAACAUUUACCAUUGGGAAAAAAUCUUUUCCCCUUUCUCCAGAUCAGUAUGUUAUCAGAGUUGAUGACAGUCAAGGUGUCCACUGUAUUAGUGGAUUUACAACUUUAAACGUGCAUCCGCGACGUCCCCUCUGGGUUCUUGGAGAUGCAUUCUUGAGAGCAUAUCACACAGUUUUCGACUUUGGCAAUUCACAAAUUGGAUUUGCAGAAAGUGCUUAGAGCGGUUUCAAGGAUUAUAUAUGACAAAUUGGAUUCUUCAAAAAUUUGUUUGGUUUUGCUGCUUGAUUUUACUUUCUAGUUCUAGGUAGACAAAUAAAACUAUUCUAUGUUUUUACCCCUUUGUUCAUCUUCACUCAUUUGUCACUCGACUUCAAUGUCCUUCAUACUGAUGAACAGUACUGGACACUCAGAAAUGGUUUUGGGAAUAAUAUACUUCAGAUAUCACACUUUACUUU